CCCGCGCCCGCUUCAGUCUGUCGGCGCCCGACCUGCCGCCCGCCUCGCGACCAGGAACUUCUCAGGACAGCUUGCUCUACCCCUACUUCAGUCCAGAGGAGUGGGGCCCGGAGUACCCCCUGAACUCUUCGAGGUACACUGUGCCCAUGCCCACCCUGUACAGCACCGAGGGCUACAAAUACAAAAAACCGAGUAUCAUAGAACUGGUUUUAUACAACAUGGCGGCGCUAUUGGGUGGAGUCGCGGCCGGAUAUGACGUCAGAAUGUCAAAUGUCAGCCCCCUGCAUCCGACGUUACAGCCACACAGACAAGAGACGGAGCCCGAGCCUCCGAGCAGCGCGUCGCUGUACGAGGGCUUCGGCUUCGGGCACAACACGUACCACGGGCCCACCAGGCACCUGCGCGCGCCGCUCAACGCCAUCACGGGCUCGCCGAUGUCCAGUUCGAAGACUGACGAGCAGAAACCGUUGAGGUUCACAGAUUCACCGUCACAGUACGCACACCCGUCGUCCUCUUCCGGCUACGGUCACUCCGCACCCUCCGCGCUCACGCAGCCCCCCACCCCGUCGCCCCGGCGCACAUCUUCCACCACAUCCGACCAGCUAGCGGACCUGUACCACAACUAUAGAGAAAACUUCCAGCCCUCGCCUUCCCAGGACCGGGACUACUACUACAGGACCGACCCGUACGCGUACGACCGGACGGCCGACUAUGUUGUGAAACAUCCCCCCUACUUCGGCUACGACGAGUGCUCCUUCGACUACAGGGAGCCUACGCCCGACUAUCGGCCCUCCCCGCAAUAUCUGACCCAUAGGCGGACUCCUUCAAACUCCUCGACCUCGAAUUCGCAUCACGAAGAGUUCUCCCCGGCGAGGCAGUACCGUGACAAAUUCAAAGAGAAAGAGUUCAGACCGAAACCAGAGUAUCCGAGGAAGAAUAAUGACUAUUCAUUACCUAGAGAUUUCUACAGACAGGACUCUCAAGAGAAAGACAUCGAAAGACCUGCGAACCUGGGCUUGGAGCUGGCACCGACGAAGCUUCGCUCUAGUCUGAAGAAGUACAAGAAAUCCAGCGUCUCCGGUGGCAGCUCGGGAGGUGGAACUCCUCCGGAGAGUCUUGCGAGUUUGCCCAGUGACACGGACAGUUCUUACGUGUCGGCCCGGGACGCGUCGAGCGCCUCACGCGUGAGGUUCAGCCCGGACACGCCGCGGGACACGUAGCGAAGGCUCAACAAGUUCGACAACUACCUCGUGUGAGUUGGUGCGAACGUGACUGGGAACUGCGUGACCCGUGACGGACUUCACGCUGUGACGUGUGACGCGUGACGCGGCGGAGCUAACGUGAUAUCGUACCGUACUAGUUAAAUCAAAUAACCAAACGACUAGCUUACAGUUAAGACAUCGAAAUAUACGUUAAUGAAAUACAAAAAUAUAGUGUCACAGAUCAGUAGCUCCCCGUAGCAAUUUGUAUGUACUGAUCGCACCACGAAGCCGCGUCUUGCGUGCUACCGACUGUUUCGAAUCUUACACUACCCUCUCAAGAUUUUCCCUUUCGGAUCAUCGAAAGAUUAAGUAGAAUCUACCAUCCUCGAAGGGGUGUAAGGAAACUAUUCUCAACAGUAAAGACUGACGGCAGAAUAAGGGCUACCAGGCCUACUAAAAAAACUUAGACUUCCUUCACAUUCCACGCAAUGUAUCAAUCGUAAAUCAGAUGACUACUGGGUCAAUGCCCUCACGAUUUCAUGUGACGCGGGAGCUUUGAAACGAUAUAUAUAUUUGCAAAAAUAAUAAGCAUUAACGCUAGUCAUGUGUAACUUUUCACCGGAAGGGUUCCCUUACGCUUCGUUCGAGUGUAACGCGAAUAAUUGUGUUCAUUAUUUAAGACGCGUAGUUCACUGUACAUUAUUGUAAGAUACGAACGUGAAUAUUGUAUUAUUUCAGGACUUACGGAACAUUAAAUGUGUGCCUAAUAGUAAUCGAAUACACCAUUUAAAAAAGUUUUUCGAUGUGAUUUAGUCGGUUUUUAAGUAAGAUUAAAGACAGCACUCGUUAUACGAUUUGCCAUAAACUGUUUGUUGGCAGAUACGUAACGAUUAAAAUAAAUAAUAGUUCAGUAUUUAUGCGAUUUUGAUAAAUCAGUGGGUACUUAAUAUUAUUGAACAACGAUAUUAGAGAAGAUUUCGGAUAGUACAAAACAUGUAAAUGUUGCCAUCGAGCCCGGGCGCAAUGGAGUUUGUACAGUUUAAAAUACAGAUAACGCGUGGGGUUAACGCCCUUUGACGUUAAGGGGUUGUCUUCGCUUUACAUUGCGGGUUCACGAGACUCACCAAAUAAGCCACUGCGUUUGCGGGUAUUCUGAGUCGUAUUGUCAGCAGUCAGUACUGACAGCACGGCCCCAGUGUAAUAACGUUUAAGGGCGUUGCUUGCGUGUAAAAUGUUCGCUAGUCAGGCAGCGGAAAUAACAAAAAAAAAAGACUCGUUGAUUUUGAAAUUGCAAUUGUAUCUAUGGAACUGUUUUUUUUUUCAUUGGUGCAGACGAUGAGAUCCCACAGCUGAUCUGUUACUGCGGUCACAGGAGGCCGCUGACAGCGCGUGAGUGCAACCGCCCGUCUUGCGACGUCUCAUGUGAGGUUGAAGCCUCAAAGUAUGGAAGUAUGUCGUAUCAUUAUUCUUCAAACCGAAACAAAACAACGCUUCGCGAUACCAAUGGUUACAGUUAAAGCACACACAAUACUAAAUUGGGCAUUUAAAAAAAAAAAAAAAACAGUUUUGUACAAUAUGUAAAUAUGUAGUAAAAUGAUAUUUGUAAGCAUUUAAACAUUUUGUUUGUAUCGCGAAAAUGUUAAUUUUAGUUUCAUUAGAUUAUAAAUAGUACAAAUGUAUUGAUAAGAAAUUCGUAAUCAGUGCCGUUACGUCGCGGGGAUUACAUUUAACGAACAAACAAAAAAUAUCAUCGUGUAUGUACGCAUUUAGAUUUGACAAUAUCCGUGUAUACAAUGCUUGUUGUUGCUUAAUUAUGAAAGCGAAGGCGGUAACGUAGGGAGCAUUGAACAACGAAGUAACGGCGCGUGCAAGAGAACUCUUACCAUAAGGAAGACAGCGCUAGUGUAGAUAGAAUACCCUCAAAUAUUACAAAAUUAUACGAUCCAAUGUAAUAAUAAUACGGCGAAGCGCGAGUUCAACGACCUCUUGUAUUUUUUAUUCACUCAUAUUGUUUAUAAUUUUUGCUGAAUUAUUAUUUAUUCUCAACUAUUUGUUUAACUCGUGAUUAAGCAGCAACAGCAAUAAACCUGACAUCAGAAGUAAAAGAUCUAAUAUCCAUUUUCUCACUAUUUAAAUUGAAAUUAAAAUUUGCUGAAUU